GCACCGUACGCUUUCACGCACGUUAGUGCAAGUCAGCGUUUACAUCGCACGGAUUAAGUCUUUUUAUAUCGCAAAUUGAAAAUCGUAUAGAUCUUUUUUGUCAACAAGGGAAAUAAAGAGAAAACUGUGUUAUAUCGUAGCAGGUGUCUUGAAGUUCUUCCUCUUGAUAGAUAUAUAAUUAUUUGUAAUAAUCAAUCAAUAAUAUCGAAUUCUCGUCAUCGUAUACCGUUGUAUGCUACUUUGCUAUUGCAAUCGACGGUUUAAGAUAACAAAUUAACAAGAAGAAAUAAAAGGAAGAAAAUCUUCAAAUUCGGUUUUUUUUGCUAUAGUGAAGAUAUUAGUGCUGCGAAAUUUUUAUUCUAAAUGAUAAAUCGUUCCUGAGUGAUUAUAAAAAAAAAAAAAAAAAAAAAGAAAAAAAGAAAAGAAAAAAAAUUAUAUAUAUAUAAAAGAAAUAAAAACGACGAAGAUAUCUUUUCGAUUUCUUUUCGUAAAAAGUCGGAAAAAGAUGAGACCACCAGCGUAUAAUGCCGAAGAGGUACAACAGAUUCCUCAAGAGCAAGGAGAAAGGAACGUCGCCAUGGCUGUUUGCGUUCAAUUGGCGGGUCGAGCGAUUAUUAGGGUAGUUUCGCGAUGCGAGGAAGCUCAAGACAAUUGUAAUUUAGAUUUGUCUGAAUGUCAGUUAAUGCAAAUACCAGAUGCAGUUUAUCAUUUGAUGAGACAUACAGAAUUGAAAAGAUGCGAUUUGUCUGGUAAUGUUAUAACAAAGAUCCCACCAAAAUUUGCAGUGAAAUUUUCUCUUAUCACUGAACUCAAUCUAAGUCACAAUCAAAUGAGUAAACUGCCAGAAGAGCUUGCCGAACUUCAAGCAUUGGAAAGACUCAACAUUUCGCAUAAUACUUUUAUCGCUUUGCCACCUGUUACCUGCCAGAUACCUCAACUUAAACGACUUCUUGCCAAUAAUAACUCCAUCAUCGACGUUGAUGUUGAGAGAAUUAAACAUGCACCAGCAUUGGAAUACAUAGAUUUGCAAGCAAAUCCAUUAACACCAAGAAUGUAUGAUCUUCUAAGUACCUUGACUCGUAUCAGAGUGGAAUUAACUCCACGGCAAGUAGAAGAAUGGGAAGAUUUGACGGUCUGAAACUGAUCUGCAGUCUGACUUUAGUUUGAUGAAAGAAGAAAGAAGAAAGAGAGAGACAUUAAUUUUGUUAAAAAAAGAGCCAGCUGGAAGCUUUCACUUUUUACAAAUAAGCUUUACAGCACAACGUUCUCAGCAGAGAUUUGUUUAAGACUGCAAGACGCAAUCCUUGCAUAGUUUAAGAAUUUAACAAAUAUUUUGUACAGUGAUAAUAUACAUUUUGACUGACAGUAAGCGAAUAUGCAAGCAAAUGUAUUAUAUAUUUACACACACACAGACACACACACAAGUAUUGAUCGAUUUCUAUUUUAAAAUGAUGAUUUUAAACUUUUCAAUUAUUUCAUCUCAUUAUUCGAGAUCUCAAUAAUAUUUCCGAUUCGCAUUUAAUCGAAUUGGGGAAACCGAUUGCUCUUUUUAGUAAUAUUUUUUCUUAGACUUAGUUUUUUAUCUACUUGUAUGUCUCUUCGAUGUGUUCUAAUCGAUAACCGCUAAAAAAUCACAAAAGAAAGAAAAUUAUUUCUUUUAUUUGACAAAUUUUUUUCUGAUAUAUGAAAAAGAGUAAAAUCUAUUUAUGUACUUCAUUUUAUGUAUUUCAGGACUAUAUUAACAAUGUACAACUGCCAAUGUUGCGGUUGAUCGAUCUUUGACAAUAAUAUUGAUUUUCUUUUAAUAAAAGAAAAAGAUAACAAAUUUUUUUCUUAGCAUUAUAUAUAUAUAUAUAACUGAAUAGUAUAUAUAUAAGCAAAAGAAAUUAUAUCUGAAAAUAACAAAUGAGAUGUUAAAAUUGCCUCUGCGAUUAUUUAUAUUUGUAAUUGUAUAAAAAAGAAAAAAAAAGAAAUUAAUUUGUAAAUGUAUGUGCAUAUACAUAUACGCAAAAAUGUAAAUUUAACACACUAUCGUAACGUAUUGUUAAUCUAGUCAACAAUUCCUGGGACAUUGCAAUAAUGUACUUAAAAAAAUGAGAGAGAGAGAUAGAGAGGGAGAAAGAAAAACAAAAACAAAAUUAGUUGUUUCCUUCACUCUCUUAAUCAAUAAAUAAAUGUAAUAAAAAGAAAACAAAUAAAAUAAAAAGAUGAAAUCUGA